AUGGCGUUCAAAGUGUUAAAGGAAUAUGGGAUGAAGCUCAACCCGGACAAAUGUGUUUUUGGCAUCCAGUCAAGAAAAUUUCUAGGAUUCAUGGUUAGCGAAAGAGGUAUCGAAGCUAAUCUGGAAAAAAUCCAAGCAUUGCUUGAUAUGAAAUCGCCGACAACGAGAAAAGAGAUCCAGAGCCUCACUGGAAAAGUGGCGGCCCUUAUCUCUUCAUCUCAAGCGGCUAUCAGUUCAGUGCUCAUCCGCGAGGAAUGGAAGCAUGAAGAGGCAAUCUAUUAUGUUAGUAAAAGGUUUGCUGAUGCGGAGUCCCGCUACCUAGAAAUCAAAAAAUUGGCUCUUGCCCUCGUAACCUUGGCAAGAAAGCUCAAACCCUAUUUUCAAGCCCAUACCAUCAUGGUGAUGACUAAUCAACCAUUGAAGCAAAUGUUGUGGAAGCAUGAGCCGUCGGGAAGACUGAUCAAGUGGGUAGUUGAAUUGGGGGAGUUCGAUAUCCACUAUAACCCUCGCACAACCGUCAAGGACCAAGCUAUUGCCGAUUUUAUUUCGGAAUUCACCCACCCACUUUUCCCAAGCAAUGGAGGAAACACUGAAAACACAAUUCACCACCAAGAGAUAGGGUUCAACGGCCAUAGGAAGAGACUGGUACACCAAUCAGCCAACCAAGCUGGAAGUAGGGCAAGCCUAGUACUUACAACUCCACAAAAUGACGAGCUCGAGUACGCCAUUCGAUUCAAUUUCAAGGCCUCCAACAAUGAAGUGGAAUACGAGGCACUCAUCGCUGGCCUCAGCAUUGCAAAAGAGCUAAAAGCAACAAAAGUUUAG